CAUAUGAGUUUAUAUAUUCCAAAAGGACAACUCACAUUCGUGGAUUGGUGGCCUCUGAUAAAUCCUAGCGAAAUGGCGUUCAUUUUGAUAACUUAUCCUAUUUGUGUUUUGAAGAUUGGCCCAAUAAUAACGGAAGGAAGGAGCGCAUUCCAAACAAAAGGAAUUCUCAUAUUUUAUAAUUCGUUCAAAGUUAUUAAUUCAAGUACUUUAGGCUAUAAGUUUCUCUUAUAUAUUCUUGAGAAUGGAUUGUUUCCAAGCAAAUGUGAACAUAAUAACCUAAAAUUAUACAUAAUUGCAUCAUUGUACUGGAAAUAUAUGGUCACAAAAGUCUUAGACCUGUUCGAUACUGUAUUCUUCAUAAUUCGUAAAAAAUACGACCAUGUUACAUUUCUUCAUAUGUAUCACCAUGUAUUUAUGGUGGUUAUCGCAUGGUUAUGUUUAAAAUAUGAUCCUUCUGAUCACUGGGCUUUUAUGGCUAGUAUAAAUUGUAUCAUCCACGGAAUUAUAUCCACUCAUUAUGGUAUAACGUCUUUAGGACCUGGAUACGAGAAAUAUAUCUGGUGGAAAAAAUAUUUGACAUUAGUGCAAUCGAUACAAUUUGUACUAGUAAUAGCACAUUUAAUAGUGCAAGUUUUCAUCUCGGCAUGUCCGCUACAUAGCAGCACUUACUGGAUAGGCUUGGCAAACUUUAUUCUAUUUAUGCUUCACUUUACUGACUUCUACAACAAAAUAAAACGAGCUCAUUGUAAUAAAGAAUUUAUGAAGUUCUUUUGCUAUAAACAACUUCAUUAG